AGUGAAGGAAGCACUCCAUUAACAACUAUUCCUGUCAGCACCACACGUGUGACGAGUUCUGAGGGCAGCACCCUUAAAACAACUUCUGUUGACACCAGCACACCUGUGAACACUUCUACCCAAGUCAGUUCAUCUCCUACAACACCUGAAGGUACCAGUAUGGCAACCUCGACUCCUAGUGAAGGAAGCACUCCAUUAACAACUAUUCCUGUCAGCACCACACGUGUCACGAGUUCUGCGGGCAGCAUGCUUUCAACAACUUCUGUUGGCACCAGCACACCUGUGACCACUUCUACCCACAUCAGUUCAUCUGCUACAACUCCUGAAGGUACCAGUAUGGCCACCUCAACUCCUAGUGAAGGAAGCACUCCAUUAACAACUAUUCCUGUCAGCACCACACGUGUGACCAGUUCUGAGGGCAGCACCCUUUCAACAUUUUCUAUUGACACCACCACAUCUGUGACUACUUCUACCCAUGUCAGUUCACCUCCUACAACUCCUGAAGUCACCACCAUGCCAAUCUCUACUCCUAGUGAAGGAAGCACUCCAUUAACCACUAUUCCUGUCAGCACUACACGUGUGACCGGUUCUGAGGGCAGCACCCUUUCAACACUUUCUGUUGACACCACCACACCUGUGACCACUUCUACCCAUGUCAGUUCAUCUCCUACAACUCCUGAAAUCACCACCAUGCCAAUCUCUACUCCUAGUGAAGGAAGCACUCCAUUAACCACUAUUCCUGUCAGCACCACAGGUGUGACCAGUUCUCAGCGUAGCACCCUUUCAACACCUUCUGUUGACACCAGCACACCUGUGACCACUUCUACACGAGUCAGUUCAUCUCCUACCACUCGUGAAGUCACCACCAUGCCAAUAUCUACUCCUAGUGAAGGAAGCACUCCAAUAACAACUAUUCCUGUGAGCACCAUACCUGUGACCAGUUCUGCGGGCAGCACGCUUUCAACACCUUCUGCUGACACCAGCACACCUGUGACUACUUCUAUCCAAGUCAGUUCAUCUGCUAUAACUCCUGACGGUACCAGUAUUCCAACCUCGAUUCCUAGUGAAGGAAGCACUCCAUUAACAACUAUUCCUGUCAGCACCACACGUGUGGCCAGUUCUGAGGGCAGCACCUUUUCAGCAACUUCUGUUGACACCAGCACAACUGUGACCACUUCUACCCAAGUCAGUUCAUCUCCUACAACUCCUGAAGGUACCAGUAUGGCAACCUGGACUCCUAGUGAAGGAAGCACUCCAUUAACAACUAUUCCUGUCAGCACUACACGUGUGAACAGUUCUGAAGGCAGCACCCUUUCAGCAACUUCUGUUGACACCAGCACACCUGUGACUGCUUCUACUCAAGUCAGUUCAUCUCCUACAACUCCUGAAGGUACCAGUAUGGCAACCUCGACUCCUAGUGAAGGAAGCACUCCAUUAACAACUAUUCCGGUCAGCACCACACCUGUGACCAGUUCCCUGGGAAGUAUGUUUUCAACUCCUUCUGUUGGCACCAGCACACCUGUGACCACUUCUACCCACGUCAGUUCAUCUCCUACAACUCCUGAAGGUACCAGUAUGGCCACCUCAACUGCUAGUGAAGGAAGAACUCCAUUAACAACUAAUCCUCUGAGCACCACACCUGUGGCCAGUUCUGCGGGCAGCACGCUUUCAACAUCUUCUGUUGACACCAGCACACCUGUGACUACUUCUAUCCAAGUCAGUUCAUCUGCUACAACUCCUGAAGGUACCAGUGUUCCAACCUCCAUUCCUAGUGAAGGAAGCACUCCAUUAACAACUAUUCCUGUCAGCACCACAAGUGUGACCAGUUGUGAGGGCAGCACCCUUUCAACAUUUUCUAUUGACACCACCACAUCUGUGACUACUUCUACCCAUGUCAGUUCACCUCCUACAACUCCUGAAGUCACCACCAUGCCAAUCUCUACUCCUAGUGAAGGAAGCACUCCAUUAACCACUAUUCCUGUCAGCACCACACGUGUGACCAGUUCUCAGGGUAGCACCCUUUCAACACCUUCUGUUGACACCAGCACACCUGUGACCACUUCUACACGAGUCAGUUCAUCUCCUACAACUCCUGAAGGUACCAGUAUGGCAACCUCGACUCCUAGUGAAGUAAGCACUCCAUUUACAACUAUUCCUGUCAGCACCACAC